CAUUCCUACCCCCGCGUGUUUGACAGCCAGCGAGAAUACCGAAACGAACCGAAGUUUGACAGCUGUGUUGGCUUUUGCUAAAAUCGAAACAAACCGCGAAGCAAAAACGCAAGAGCGCGGUUCACAAAGUUAUUGCAAUAUUUUUAUAUUUUCUACAAUUCAAAACAUUCUUUCUACUCAUUCUCCUGUUUAAUCAACGUGCAAAGCGAACGCACAUAAAACGUGUAAUAAGUGACGGUGUAUCACAACGGCGUCAAAUCUUGUUUUUAGAUUGCCGUAUCGUCGUGUGUUGGGUGUUGCUACGUUGUUACUUUAGACCCGCGGAACACCAAAGGCAACAUUCACAUUUACAUCUUCCCAGCCAGGCCAAAUUUACACUUCUCCAAACGGUACAAGGGAACCAGUAGCAGUAUGGCAAGCACAUCAAGGGACGCCCAUUUGAACAAAGUUUGCUGCUAUUCGCAUCCGGAAGCACCGUUAAUAGAGGACUAUCGUGCCGGUGAUAUGAUAUGUUCCGAAUGCGGACUAGUGGUUGGGGACAGGGUCAUCGAUGUGGGAUCAGAGUGGCGUACGUUCAGCAACGAAAAGGCCGGAGUCGAUCCGUCCCGUGUCGGUGGCCCAGAAAACCCAUUGCUCAGUGGUGGUGAUCUUUCCACCAUGAUUGGCCCCGGAACUGGUCCUGCCUCGUUUGAUGCGUUCGGAACUGCCAAGUAUCAGAACCGCCGCACGAUGAGUAGUUCCGAUCGUGCCCUUAUUGCAGCGUUCAAAGAAAUCAGCACGAUGGCCGACCGGAUCAAUCUACCGAAAACGAUCACCGAUCGGGCGAACAAUCUGUUCAAGCAGGUGCAUGAUGGCAAAAAUCUAAAGGGCCGAUCGAAUGAUGCCAAAGCGUCCGCCUGCCUGUACAUUGCCUGCCGACAGGAGGGUGUGCCACGAACAUUCAAAGAAAUUUGCGCCGUUAGUAAGAUCAGUAAAAAGGAAAUCGGGCGCUGCUUUAAACUCACGCUCAAGGCACUCGCUACCUCCGUUGAUCUCAUUACCACCGCAGACUUCAUGUCUCGCUUCUGCGCUAAUCUUGAUCUACCCAACGUGGUACAGCGUGCCGCAACACACAUAGCACGGAAAGCGGUCGAAAUGGACAUUGUGCCCGGUCGAUCUCCGAUCUCGGUGGCGGCAGCCGCCAUCUACAUGGCAUCGCAAGCGUCGGACAACAAGAAAACACACAAAGAAAUCGGUGACAUUGCCGGCGUGGCUGACGUCACAAUUCGCCAGUCAUACCGAUUAAUGUAUCCGCACGCGGCCGAACUGUUCCCCGAGGACUUCAACUUCUUUACCCCGAUCGAUCAGCUCCCGCCGGUGUAGGAGGGGUCAUAGCGUUUAGUGUAAGCAGAAGCAUUGUUGUGCGCAUUCGAGCAAUCCUACUAUCUCUCGCACCUGUCCGGAAAAAAAAGAAAAGGACACGCUAGUACGUUACGCAAAAGCGGUAAACCGUGAAACGAUGCACACUCCCCACGGUAAAACGUUUUGUAAUGCCAAAGGGGAGAUUAGGAUAUUGUAUUGAUUGCUUCGUUAUAUUUUAUGUUAUUUCUUUAUCUAUUUUCUUUUUUUUCCAUUCGAGAUGCAUCGAAGAUACAUGGCGUGUCCUUCUUCUUGGCGUAAACGACCCACUGGGU